AAACUCUCUAUAUGUGAUCUUUAUUGGGAAGCACAAAGCAUUUAAAUUUGACUUUGAAGUUUAUAGUCAAAUUUAUUAUCGAAAAAAUAUACUGUGGGAAAAGAAUGUGACUUUGAUGCUGAAUAAACUGCUAAAUAUUGCAACAUCGCUGGCUAACAUUAAAGAGUCUGCUUUGUGAUGGAGACCCUUUGACUCCAAUUGCCCUAAUUUUUCCACUCCAUGUCUCAAUAUGGAAACAACUUGUUAGUUGAAACCUGACAUUAGGAUGGAUUCCUACCACGUUUUGGCUCAAGUGGGGCAGGGCUCAUUUGGUCGAGUUCAUAAAGGAAUGAAAAGGUUUACUGGCCAAGUGGUCGCGCUGAAGUUUAUGCCAAAGAUGGGACGUUCAAGUAAAGAACUGCAAAGUUUAAAGAAAGAAAUCGAUAUUAUGAGUAACCUUCAACAUCCAAACAUUGUGAAAUUUCUUGACAGCUUUGAAACUGAAACAGAGGUUGUAGUGGUGACUGAAUACGCAGAAGGUCAAUUGUUUCAGAUCAUUGAAGCUGACGGUUCUUUACCAGAAAGUCGGGUUUGUGAGAUUGCCUGCCAGCUGGUCUCAGCUCUGUAUUAUUUGCAUUCCCGCCGCAUUCUUCAUCGAGACAUGAAACCACAAAAUAUCCUUUUUGAUAAAAAUGGUGUGGUUAAACUGUGUGACUUUGGGUUUGCAAGGGCAAUGAGCAUUUCCACCAUGGUGGUGACUUCUAUUAAGGGAACACCUCUGUACAUGUCACCUGAGUUAGUGGCUGAGAAGCCUUAUGACCACACUGCUGACCUCUGGGCAUUAGGCUGCAUUCUUUAUGAAAUCCAUACAGGGUUGCCCCCGUUCUGUGCUGAUUCAAUCUUCCAUUUGGGUCAGCUUAUUGUGAAAAACCCCAUCGUAUGGCCAGACAAUAUGAGCAGCACAUGCACGAGUUUCCUGAAAGGUUUGCUCAUCAAAGACCCUCAGAAACGACUGUCGUGGCCACACCUGCUGCAUCAUCCUUUUGUUGCCGAUGGUGUUCAAGCAACACUUGACCCAGACAUGUUGGCACUGAAACUGAAACAAAUGGCAGAAAAGACAUCGCCAGAUUCUGGAGACAACAGGAUAUUUCGAAAGAUUCGGGAGCAAAGAAGCAAGACGAACACAAAGAAUAAGGGCGAGAGUGAUAAAGGGAAAAAAGACUGGGUGCGCUCCGAAAGAGAUUGUAGAGUGAUACCUAUUAUAGAUACAUCUCGCCCUUUUGAUUUUGUCUCAGCUAGUUCAACUUCACCACCUGCAAGUCUCCCACCACCCAACCAACCAGACAGGGGGCUGAUCAGUCAGGACUAUGAACGAGAGUUCCUAUCAGUAGGCGUCGGGUCAGGACUAGAGCGAAGUGGAUCCAAAAGUUCAACAAUAACUGAAAGUGAGGAAUUCUGGGAGAAACUUGCUGAGGAGACUGAUCCAAACCGACAAAACCAAGGAUUUUCAAAAUCAAAAGACAGGACUGUUAUUUCUAAACUGAAAUCCACCAUUUUAAGGUUUAAGCAGCAGCUAAGAGAUGGUGUCCUAACAGAUACGUAUCACAUUGGCCUUACGCUGAAGGUCCUUCAGAACCUGCUUCUGACCUCUGACAUUGCCACUACAAACCACAUUGGCAGUGACCUUGGCUUGCCAUGUUUCCUCUUUGACUUGGUUCGCAAUUCUGUGGAAAGUGCGCGAUUCAUUCAGCUGCCGUGGAGUCUUCAAACACUUGGAGAAAUGAUCGCUGCACUGCUGAUCUACUGGGAGAAGAACCAGGAUUGGUUAGGGGAGGAAAAAAGACCAGAAAAUUUAGUGGAGCCAUUCAUAACCAUUCUCAAUCAAGAAAACCUCCAUGCUUUAGCUCCUCUGGCUGCUUCUGUUUUGUCCCUGUUUGCUAAACACAAGGUUGCUGUCAAUGUUGAUGUGGCCUUGCUCAGUUCCUUGUUAAAACAACAAGUAUCUGCUUUAAAUCAGCUCCAACUUCCACUCCCGUCAGGCUGGGGUCUCUGUGAUGGCCUCUUGUCUUUACUUCUGCAUACACUUUCUGAGCACGGUGGUGGAUUUUCAUGUUUGGAUCCACGUACAUUUUAUUAUCUUUGGAAAAGGACUGGAACCUCAUUAGCGUGGACGACGCCAGACAUGGAAUUUUGUUCGACAAACGGACUUUAUUUUCUCAUGUCUGCCACACUGUUGUUCUUCUGCAAUGAUCCCUAUUCAUAUGUUACACUUUUUUGUGAGAGCAAAUCGACAUUUGUCUACACUCUUGGCUGGGUGCUCAGCCCUGAAUGUCUCCCUUUGUUUGUCAAAGGCAAUCCAGUGAAAUUGGAGGAUCUAACACAUGAGAGUUUUAUCCAGUUGAGUUGCCAGUUCCUUUGCCUUCCAUUUGCUUUGGACCUGACUGCAUACAACAGCUCCAGGAUUCUGCAAUUGUAUGACAGCUGUGGUGUGGUUCAAGGGCUUCUUCAGGUGAUUCAAACGCUUCCUCUUUCACUAGUGGAGCUACCACUGUCACUUCUCCGCCGCUUGUUGCUGUGUGACCGUCAACGCUCUCUUUCCCGUCUCAGUAAAGAUGCGAAUGGCUUUUUCUCUCAAUCGGGUCAGCGCAUACCGAGCAGAACCGCCAGUUCUUUGCUCAAUGAUUUUCUGAAGCGGAAUGACCUGGGAGACUCUGCUGUAGAACUUCUAUCUCUGCUAUACCUGCUUACCUGUUUUUACCCUAACUCUAGUUAUCUUGAGCUUCACCUUGAUUCUUCUGUGUUGCAUCAGGCGCUCGCUCACUCCUAUGAUCCGAUAAAAGCUGCUACUUGUAAGGUUUUGGGAAAUUUGUUUCCAUUCAAGUCUCCCACUCUGCCUAAUAUAAAUCCGGACAUAUUUAAAAGCAUGAUAGAUCUUCUAAAAGACUCCAAUGUCUAUGUGCGGCAGGCAGCUUGCUUGUCCGUUGGGAAAUGGUUAGGUUAUAUUGCGGGGGAGGCAGGCUUUAACGUGGGUAGACCCAAUCAAAGCGUAGGCAGCGCUACAGAGUCCCUCAAAGUGAAGGACAAUGAUGAACACAAGGGUUCAGAAUGGGAGACAGGUAUCACCAUGGGGACAGUUGAGAUGAGAAGGUGGCUUGAAGACAUCAGAAUGACUGGAGCCACACUGGCAGGACUGACCUCUGACCCUAAUGCUCACACUCGUCUCCACGCCUGCGCUGCCCUGGGAAACCUGCUGCAUGCUGUAGGGGACAUUCCAGAGUUGCUGGAAGAGAGUGUGUCGAGAUUACUUUUAAGAGCUGCAUGCACAGAUUCCCACAAGGCUGUGAGAGAAGCCGCCAUUGCAACUUUAAGCUUGUAUGCACAGCGGGACUCAAUGCUACAGGUUCUGAUAUCUCUAAAUGUUGAAAAAAAGCUGCUUCACGCGACCCAACACUCACCUUCGGAAUGUGACUAUCUUCCUCUCAUCAGACAAAUAAGGCAAAUGAGAGAAUUGUAGAAACUAUGGACGUUUACACGAUGUAUGGAAUUUGAUAUUAAAGCAACUCCUCUUCCACAAGAUGAUAUUGUAAGUGCUGGUCAAAUAAAACACAACAUUUUAUACUGACUUGGAUGAAUCUAUCACCUAGGCAUGACACAAUGAAAACCUAAUGCAUACACUACCACUCAAAAGUUUGGGGUCUAAGCGACCCCAAACUUUUGAACCAUAGUGUAUAUCGGAAUACAGCAAUACCUCUACUUAUUAAGAACAUCUCUACAUACAGAAUUUUCAGGUUAAUACAUGCUUAAAUGGGAACUAUUGCCUCUAGUUCAGAAGGAAAUUUCAUAAUACAAAAGGCAAAAAUACAGUAUGACUCGUACUCAACAGUUCCCAGUGUUUACUGCACGUAACAUACUUAUAGCUGCUCUGCCAUUGGUUUUUGUCUAGCAUUCCUGGCAUCCAAUUGGCUAAGAAGAACCACUACUGUAUGUGUAUUUGUGUAUCCCAGCGUCCUCUUCACACGUCCUCGUGUUUCAAUGGCUUUACAUUCUGGUUUCCAGCUGUUUGAACUGCUCCCCUUAUGGGAGACGCUAUAAGUGUUUAAAAGCCAGAACAAACAGACUGAGGAACAGUAUCUGUGCUAAAGCCAUCUCCACUCUGAACUGCCAUAGGUAACACCAAUUAUCCAGCACUAAUAUUCAUUUACUUUCAAUAUGCUAUGUGCAAUACUUACUUACGUGCAAAUAUCAAUGCCUUCACUGUCAAUCUGCUGCUACUUCGAUUAUUUGCACUACCUGAUCAUAGAACUAUCUAUGAUAUAAACAGUGA